AUGGACAUUCACCGUUGCAGAUUCGUUCAAUAUCCGGCCCAAUCCAUCAACGCCCUUGCCUUUUCCCAUACCUCGCGACCGAAGGAAAAGACCCCCUCUGAUGUUCGACUUGCCGUUGGUCGCCAAAAUGGCGACGUCGAGGUUUGGAAUCCGGCGAAGGGCCUGUGGGUGCAAGAAACUAUUCUAAAAGGGAGAGCGGACAGCACAAUUGAGCACUUGGAAUGGACGCGCGACCUAAUAGUGGAAGAGAAUGCUGAUGGCCCAGAAAUUUCACAUGGCCCGCUACGUCUCCUCAGCUCGUCAGGUUCAAAACAGCUGCUUGAAUGGGACAUCUCGUCUGGUUCUCUGAAGCGACAAGUCGAGGGCAAUUCCGGCGACAUAUGGUGCUUUGCCGCCCAACCGCAGCUUGAAAAUCCUAAAGAUAUCAAAGCCUUGGAAAGCGGUAUCUAUUCGCCGCUGGUGGCUGCCGGUUGCGCUAAUGGCACUGUUGUUCUAUUCUCGACAGAAGACGGCGAUCUAAGAUACCUGCGACCACUGCUGGCACCCCCUGCCAAAAAGCCCAAAGUUCUCAGUAUUGCAUGGCGCGAUCGAAACACCAUCAUUGCUGGUUAUGAGGAUAGCACAAUUCGAGUCAUCGAACUCUCGACCAGGAAGAUCCUUCGCAGCAUGAGUCUGGGCAAAGGGCCUGAUGGUAAUGAUCCAGUUGUCUGGGCUGUGAAAUACCUUCCGGAUGGCACGAUAAUCUCCGGCGACUCCUCAGGUCAACUGAAGAUCUGGAACGCGAAGAAUUUUACUUUGCUCCAGACAUUGAAGUCACAUGCAGCAGAUAUCCUCGACAUUGUUGUAAAUGCAAAUGGCGACAAAUUCUUUUCACUCGGCGCCGACAGAAGGACUUUCAGUUACCAACACUCAGGCAGCAAGAAUUUGGGAUGGGUGGAAAUCUCCCACCGAAGAUACCAUCGUCAUGAUGUCAAGUGUGGUGCGGCGUUCGAGAGCAAAGACCUCAGUGUAUUGGUAUCAGGUGGUCUCGAUUGCAAACCCAUCGUUGUUCCCAUCCGAAAGGCACAAGGCGAGCUGCACCGCGCGCUUUCGCAUCUACCUCAACAACCACUGAUCUCUGCUUCACCUUCUUCCAGGCUCUUCAUGUCCUGGUGGGGAAAUCAGAUUGUGAUCUACCAAGUACGCAAGCCGCGAAACCCAGAGGAGCAGAACUUCGACUUCGAUGGUCCCACGCCUUCUUCCUAUGAAACCCUGGCACAGCUAGUCGUCCAGGGCGAUGAACACAUCCAAAAUGCGCAACUGUCCGCAGAUGGUCAGUUCAUCGUUGCCGCCACCAUUAACGGCGUAAAGCUGUUCCAGUUACGAAAAACCCAAGCCGCAGGCCGACCAUGCUUGCGAACGAGGCAGGUCGAGUUGCCCCCCGCUAUCGUUAGACUGGGAGCACGGCAAGCAGGCUUCUCGCCGGACGGAAAAUGGCUGUAUACCAUUCGAAAAGACAACACCAUUGCAUUGAAUAAGCUCGUGUUGGGGAGCGACCCCAAAGACGAGCCCGCAAUACAUGAGAAGACCGUCAAGCUGUACCGUGUAUCUCGAAAGCAACCAAAAUCCUCCCUCGGCACUUACCCCCAAACCAUAACACACGUCGCCUUUUCGAGCGACAGCCGCGUACUCGCUGUGGGCGACGUUUCUGGUGCCAUUGAUACAUGGGUUCUAGAAGGCCACGAAGACGUAGACUACGUCGAAGCUGCGUCAGAUAACUCCGACAAUUCAUCCGAUUCUUCUUCGGAGGACGACGACGAAGAGGAAGACGAAUCACCCGUGAUUCACGCGCAAAAGUGGAUUCGCAACCCUUCUGGAUCCCAACUGCCUCAGCUAGACUCCUCAAUCCUGGCACUCACAUUCCGCCCGUCGGAUCAUCCAUCAAUUUCAAACCCAGUUGACGGGAAUCGCGGCCUACACGCCACGCGCCAUACCGCCCACCCAGUCGCCCAUGAGCUCCCCUCCUCCAACAUCCGCCUCAUCGCCGUCACCGCCACCCACCAGGUCGUCGAAUUUGAUGUACUAUCCUGCAGACUCAGCGAAUGGUCUCGGCGCAACCCCUCAAAAUACCUACCCCACGCAUUCACAAGGCUCAAAGACCGUGUGGUGGGUUGCUUCUGGGACUGCACUGACCCCGAGACUCACGGCGAGCGCCUAUGGCUGUACGGUUCGAACUGGCUCUUCAUGCUCGACGUGUCGCAAGACCUGCAAGAGCAGAAUGCCACACCCGUCUUCACGACCGCGACAUCUGCGAAAGCCAAGGUUGCAUCUCUGGGCGGAUACGACGUGGUCGACCCAGUGGAGUCGAAUCCGCCAGCUGCCACCAACGGUCAUGCCUACAAGAAGCGCAAGCGGAACACAGGUGCAGGGGACGCCAUCCCCGAGCAUCAGCGUCCAAGCGGCGUAGGUUCCACGAUCCGCAAGUUCAAAAACGACCGUGCUGACGUCGACAUGGUUGACAUGGACGGAGACGAAGAUGUGGAGGACCAAGACACGGACAUGGUCGGCGACGAAAACGGAGAUGACAGCCUUGCGCUCAUGAGGCGCCGUGAUGACCAGAUGCAGCAGUCUACGAAGCCUUCAGAUGCAAAUGGCGAUGGACAGCCAGCAAUGCCGCGGCCCACGCACUGGUGCACUUUCGAGUACCGCUCCAUCCUAGGUGUUGGCGUGAUUGGUCCUUCGCCGCCAGAAUCGUCGGAUCUGGAAGGCAAAAAGCGAGGCCCGCUCGAGGUCGUCAUCGUGGAGCGCGAUGUCUAUGACGUUCCGAAGGGCCCUAGACUUGAUGUCGGGCAGGAGUGGGACACGUGA